GGCCCCCACCCCGGCGGCGCGCGGGCAUGAAGACCCCCGGCGAGGUGCUGCGCGAAGGCGAGCUGGAGAAGCGCAGCGACAGCCUGUUCCAGCUGUGGAAGAAGAAGCGCGGCGUGCUCACGCCCGACCGCCUGCGCCUCUUCCCCGCGGGCCCCGGCGCGCGCCCCAAGGAGCUGCGCUUCCACUCCAUCCUCAAGGUGGACUGCGUGGAGCGCACCGGCAAGUACGUCUACUUCACCAUCGUCACCACCGACCGCAAGGAGAUCGACUUCCGCUGCCCGGGCGAGAGCUGCUGGAACGCGGCCAUCACGCUGGCGCUCAUCGACUUCCAGAACCGCCGCGCGCUCGAGGACUUCCGCAGCCGCCAGGAGCGCUCGGCGCCCGCCGCGCAGCCCGCGGAGUCCCGGGCGGCCCGCGCGCCCUGAGCCCGGCUCCCGAACCGCGCGCCGGACCAGACGGGCCGGACCGACCGCAUGGGCCGCGCCGGGCAGGAGCCCCGGGGGUGCCCGGGAGCUGGGAGCCCCCGCACCCGCUGACCACGCGAGGACAAGGCGGCGGCUUCCGUCCCCCCGCACGAGGCCCUUCCUGGGCGCAGACCCUCGCCCCGCUGUGCGGGCGCCUUAACUUAUUGGACUGUGUAUUUAUUUUGUUAUUAUACCGUUGUGUCUUAAUAUUUCGUUUUUGCAUCGUGUGCCCAUUCCAAAUAAAUGCCUCGGUAUGUGCUCUUUUUU